CCUGAUCUAACCUAAUUUUCUUCUCCUUGAUUCUUCUUCUCUUCCCUUACAAUUCCUUUUCUCAAUCUGAUUCUCCACAAAACAUUGACACCCUCACCACUCCUUCUCCCUCUCCGGUUCGUCUCCAGCAGCAAAACCCACAAUCAUCAUCCUCGGACAGAGAAAAGAUCACGAGGGCUAUACUCAUAACGGCGGCAAGAACUUUACUCUUAGCAGACGUUCACUUCUUCUUUGUCCAUCUCUACACCGUGCGGCGCAACGGAGAGACAGAUUCAACGUCGUGAACACCCUUCCUCCUGUUCCCUCACUUGCAGAGGCGGCAUUAGCUCGCGAGGGGUUCACAAGAUUCGGAGGAAACGUCAAAGGAUUGAUUGUGGAUGAGAAUUCUCUCGAUGUGUUAUAUUGGAGAAAUACGCAGAGACAGAGAAACAACAAAAGUGGAAGCUUUAGGAAAGUGAUCGUUCACGGCGAACGACGAAGAGAAGAAUGUGAUUUAUUCAAAGAACAAGAAGUUUGAACCCGUUACAAAGAUGCCGCUUCUCAGAGGUAGAUCCUCCGCUUCUCACAGUGUAGUUCACAAUGAUAAUCAUCCGAUUAAAUCAGAUUCUUACAAGUUUGCUAAACCGGAUACGCCACCACCUCCUCUGCUGCAGCCUCCGGUUAAAAAAACCGCACCAGCACCUCCUCCACCUCUCCACCUCCUCACUCUAGCCUAUCGGUCCUUCUCCACCUCCACCUCCACCGUUAAAGAAGACGUCAGGUUCAAAAUCACUGCCGGCUCCGAAAGGGUCAUCUUCAGGGGAAGGCUCAAGCUCCAAAAACGGUCAGGUCAAGCUAAAGCCUCUUCAUUGGAGGGAAAGAAAUGCAUCAAAUUUUUUUACUUUUACAAAAAUUCUAUGUUUUUCUUAUCAAUGUAUUGUAUUCUCUGAGUUUUGAUAUCGAUUUGUCGUUUUUGUUUUGGUAAAGAAAGUUGGAGGAAGUAGAGAAGCUUGAUGGAGGAGGACGGAGAAGAAGCUUCACGGGGUGGAGGAAGCUGGAUGAACUGAAACUACGGUGUAUUACAAUGAUAAGUAUGUUUCUUAUUUUUCAUGCAGAGAGAAGCAAUAGACACUAGAAAGAGGAAAUUGGAUUGAGUGGAUUUUCUCGGUGAUAAUGUUUUGGCAUUUAAAAAUGGAAUACACACUGAUGUUAUAGUUAAACCUGGUGGUGAUGUGCCUGGAAUUCCUUCUCACAAAGCUAUUUUGGCAGUGAAGUCGAAAGUGUUUAGCGACAUGUUGGACUCUGAUGAAUGCAAAACUUCAGUAGAGAAAUCAAUCACUAUUCCUGACUCGAGUUAGGAGGAACUCAAGGCUCUUCUCGAGUUCUUCUCUAGCAGGAUCUUGAGUCCCACCAGCAAACACACUCGAGCGCUCUAUCUUGCUGCUGACAAAUAUGACAUACCAUAUCUCGAAGAGCUUUGGAAGGCUUAAUCUCACAGGGUGUCCUGAGAGCCUUCUUUUUUUUAAAGUCUACUCCAUUUUUUACACUCUCUCUCUUUUUAACUAUUACUUAAUGAUUUUUUUUUAAAAAAAAAUCCUAUGAGAUAUUAUUAAUGUUGGUGACCUUAUGGCUUUAUUUAAAAAAAAAACAUUUACAUAAUCAGAAAUGUCAAAUCUACAUGCUACUAUAGCCUUUGUGGGAAGAGCAGCACUUAUAUUGCUUGGAUUAUCUGGAAGGGAAGGU